UUCCUUCCUUCAUUAGGCGUAUCAAGUUUGUUGCUCGCAUUCUGAGCGCGUCUUAAUUCAUUCAGUCUUCGGCAACGCGUAAAUUAAAAAAAGACCUGCGAGCAGUUGGACGUGACGUGACGCUGCUGCUUCAAUCGGUCGACUAAGCGGCUCAUUAGCAUAGCUCACGGCGUUCUCAAGGGAAGCCCAUUUGAGCUUGUGCCGGCCAACGCCCUGCGUCUAUGGUGCCGCCAUCUGCCGCUUACCAUCAUCAUUCGCUGCUCGCAUGGUUGCUCCUACGUGUUCCGACUCGUACCAACCAACGGAUAUGCUUGCUCGAAUGUGUUUCAAGCGGCUGUAACGAAGAUGGUGCUAGUGACUUUUGGCACCGUGCUGCUCGUCAUGUGCCAUGUCGGAGCAGGGGAAAUGUGGUGCUAUUCCUGCAUCAGCAACCAACCGGGCUGCAAGGAUGAGGUGAACUGGCUCAUUCACCAUGCCAUCACGUGCCCUCGAGAUGAUGACAAGUGUGUGAAGAUUAUCGAACGCAAGGGCUCGGAAGUACUGUAUACACGAGACUGCCUGUCCAAUCUGGAAGCAUACCGGCACGACAUCCCUGCAGACACUUACGAGGGCUGCCGGCCUGCAGCUGAGAGCCCCAAGCUGGCCGUCUACGUUGACAAUAACAUUAAGGAACUCGAGCUGAAGCGGGACUACUACUCGUCUGUGGAGUACUGCUUCUGUGAGUUCUACUACUGGUGUAACAGUGCACAUGGUAUGCUACCUGAGGUGCCCCUGCUGCUGCUGCUGCUGUUGCUGUUGCAAUCGCUGCUGAUAUGGUAGCCAUAAAGGACGGUUGGCUCAGUCUGUCACAUGCAAUGUUUGUGCUGAACCCAGUUCAGCACAAAGGUUUCAGUAUCAAGUAUCUUUGAAUCUCGCUCCGGGUGCUAAGUAGACAGAUGCCUGAAAUGGGUGAACAGACGAAAGGAAAAAAAAAAAAAAAACAGCUCUCGCUAGGAGUUGUCCAUCAGGUGUGGCAUCUGUAGGUGCCUUAGCCCAUUGUGUUUGUCAUUCCUGGUUGUCUUUUAUGUAAGCGGACUGAAUGUGUCAUUGCGACACUGUACCUUUUGUGGAAAAAUAACCAUAAAAAGAAAAUUUUCACUCUAAUCUGCGAAGGCAGGAUAGGUCGAGAUGACCAAAGCAUGGCAGUGUAACUUGAAGGGGCACUAAAGGCAAAUGUUAAGGUGAUGAUGAUUGUCAAAAUUGUAGUCCAAAAUUCCUCGUUUGAAUGAAAUGCUUAUUUUGUAAUGGAAUCACCUUUUAAUGGUCUGCAUAGCACUAGCACAAUUCAGAUUACCCUCCUGAACGGGCCUUCAGGUGUACCCAUUGCCUUGCCCAAAGUUGGCCGCCUUUACUGUGUGGCCACCUGCACUAGUAGCAGCAGAGCAGAAGCCACAGAAGCAACGGCCAUCCAGGCUUGCUGCAAUGGAUGUCGUUAGUGAACUUGACCACAAGACUUUUGCUCGCGAUGCUGGCGCAGAGGCACGGCACUGAGCCACUUCAAGCAUUCGUUUUGCAGCACCCAGUGAAAAGUAACGUUAGUUUUCUCGCUGCAGCUCAAGCGCUGUGCACCUCUGAUAGCAUCACAUGCACGCAGCAUUUUUUCUGACGUUUCGUCACUGUGACUUUAGGAAGUGUGCAUACCGAUACUACCACUGAGAUGCGCGGUUCAUCGUAAGGGGAACUGCUCACCCUGUUCCCGGUAGUAACGUCAAGUGGUUCUUUUUUACAUGAAUCAGACAGAAAAGGACAAGGGGCGUUUAUUAUGUAGUCUAAUGCACAGAAGGUUUUCUUUUUAUAGCAACUGUAAAGUUUCCUAAAAUUAACUAAGGGGACACUGGCAGUUCAGCCGCCAUGAGUAUGAUGGGUAGCACGCAAAUUUGCCUAGUCUUCCUACUUGCAGGCUUCGAACACACUUGUGGCUUUGUUUCUUGGUGUGUUUUGGUUUCAUUUUGAGUAGAAGACUGGACCGUUGUGAACUUUGUGCCCCUAUUUGAAUAGGUGAGUCCAAAAGGUGAAGGUGGCAAAGUGUAACUGCUUAACAUUUGCCAAUUGUCCUUUUGUGACAAAGCAGCUCUAGGCCACAUUAAGCCAAACUGAGGUAAAAGUACAAAAGUUAUACAAAUUUGUGUGCUACCCAUCGUUCUCAGCUGGCGUGCAUUCCUGCUCCUAUAGCGUUCCCUGUAGUCUGUUUAUAAAAAACUCUGUGGUUAAUUGUACUCGGGACUCUUGAUGUCAUCGAGGUCACACCAAAAUAUGGCGCAUAUGGUGUCAUACAUUUACAUUAACUUCUUGAUUAGUAGAGCAUUGCUGUUGAUAAUGUUGACGUUUUAGACGGCCAGAAACAUUGGUCUUUUACUUUUACAUAAACUGAUAUUUGCUGUUAGUGUGCCUUUAUAAAAAAUUGCCUUGCUCUAGAUGAUAUAUUCGUCAAUGGUAUAACAGAAUAGUGGCAUAAGUCUAGACCUUAUUGGUGAAAGUUUAUGUGCCUUUGAAGUGAAAUGGUGCUGUUUUCUAAGGUUGCACCCGACCAUGACAUCCAAGAUUAUGAGCGUCCUUAAUGGUCUUGAUGUGGUGCAUUGUCAUUGGAAUCCUGUGUGUUAUCGGACUGUUAUGACUGAUUCCAAGAUACUUUAGGCUGAGGUGAAUACUCGACUUGCACAUGCAAGCUCAAGAAUGUAGAAUGUACAGUUGGCAUCUUUAUUGUUGUAGCAUCAUGGAAGCUUUGCCAUGGGGAGAGUCUGAAAGGACAUUGAAAAAGAAGAGAAAUAAGACUACUAUAUCGUAAUUUUGCACUGAAGUAUAUAUGUUAGUAAAUGCGACAAACUUUAUUCAAUGCUUGCGUGAGUGCCUUGUUAGCAGUGUUUUACGAGAACAGUAUUUGAGCAUUGUACUAAUGUGCAAAAUUUCUGUAGAGCUAAACAAGCAAGGUGGUUGUAAGACUUGAGUUUUACUGUGGCUGAAAAUCUCCCUGUCUGCACAGUUCUUUGCUCUCAUUUAGCCCAUUUUAUUUUAGUCAUUUUUUCUAGGAUACUGCAUUUCUAACAUACAAUAGACAAUGACAAUAUUGUAAAAAAAGUUCUUUGACUUUCGUGGCCAUACUCAACGUUUUGGAACAAAAGCAUUGUGUGUGAAAUAUGACACAUCAAAGGGCUGUAUUCCAGUAAAUUGCUGUAUUGAAAUGACCCUGCCUGCUAAUGUUAGACCUUUACAUGUCUUAAAAUGCGGGAAGACUUCUUAUGCUCUGUGAUUUUUGUCAACACUAUGUACAAGCAUCAAAAAUAAGAAGCAGUCAUCAAGCAGGCACUUUCACUUUCUUUUGUAUGACUGUGAAGUUCUAAAUCAGGGGUUGAGAACCCCUUUAAGACAGACGGCAAAGUGUCCUUGCAGGCAAAGGGAAAACUUUUGUCAAAUUGCAAUUGACAAUGCUUCAGAAAAAAAAAAAACGGAAAUACACAUCCUGUUCAUUUUCAGCAUUAAUGUCACAAGGGUGCAAUUUACCCAUAUAGCUUACAAGUAAAAACCUCGCUUUAUCGUUUUAUAAUAUGAAGGUCAAAGGAAGCCAAACUGUAAUUUUCAAUUAUAUUGAAACAAAGUGGCUUGAAGUUUUUUGUGCAUUUUUUAUUUGAGCAUUUUGUGUUUGAUUUGUGGGCUGUCCGUAAGCCUGCGUGUGACAUUCCAAUAAAAACCUUUGACGGGGUUCUUUUUUUCUGCACUUGUGUUUAAACAGGAUAAAUAAGUGUCUUAUUUCAUUUAAAACUGUUGGAUUGGCAAUGAUUUUGUGAAAAGUCUCUCUCAUGAAUAAGUUUUACAUCACAGUGAUGUAUAAAAUUUAAUUAAUGUGGUGUUUAGAAACUUGCAGAAUGAUGUUCUUUUCUGUUAGGUUGCCUGAAAGAAAACAGUCUCAUAAAGUUUCUAAUGAACUAUUAAAUAAAUUCUUAGAUGAGAAUCCUUUUUCUUGUUUAGCUGGCAUUCAAUGCGGCCAGUUUAAGGACUCCGGAGUUGGGUAAAAUUUUUUAAAUUCUAAAUUUUAUAGCUUUCUUGUUUGGGAAGGUACGGCCUUCCUUAACAAUAUAAAGUGUCUCACACAUUAUCAUGUUGUUUAAUUGAGCCAUAAAGACCAGGUUUUGUAGACCAACUGACGAGCAACUAAGCCUUUUUUUCUCAGAUGGUGCACAACCUAAGCUUCCUGCCUGUAGUAAACUUUUGAAAAAUCGAAACUCGUAGCUUCUUUUAUCUUAGCAGGUUCAUAAAAAGCAUUUGGGCUACUCCAAAGCACAUGGUGCAGUUAUUUUUUUAACAUGAGUGACAUUUGCAGAGUCCACUUUCCUUGAGCACGUGAGACCCACGUGGUUACGGGAUUGUGUGCAUUUAUUUUGUAUUCAGUUGCACUUUUGUUCAUUUUGUUGCGAUGAUUACAGAUAUUCUCGUAUUGAGAAACCAAAUAAAUUGUUUAAAAACUGCA